GUUUCUUUACCUUUACUUGCGGCCAAUCGUAGAAGAAGAAACAAAUCAGGAAAAAAAAGAAUUUCAAGAAUCGGCGGCGGAAUAUUCUCGCCGGAAAAUGGGGAAAGCUAGAGGAGUUAACAGCGGCGGCGGAGAGAGCUCUCUCGGUUAUCUUUUUGGUUCCGGCGAGUCUGUUCCCAAACCAAACAAGCCCAACGCUAAAACCGGUUUUACCACCACCACGACCACCACAACAACAACGGAUGGAGCUGGAGGUAGACCCAAGACCACGACCACAACUACAACAACCGGAGAUAAAAACAAGACAGAGGAGAACUCGGCUGGUGUGAGAGGAAGUCCUAAUAAUUACUACAGAUCAGAUGGACAAAACUGUGGCAACUUCCUCACGGAACGACCAUCUACGAAGGUUCAUGCUGCACCAGGUGGAGGAUCUUCUUUGGGUUACUUGUUUGGAUCUGGUCCUUGUGGAUCUGACAAAUGAUUUCUAUUUCCACGACAAACAUCUCAUGCAUUUGACCCUUUGAAAAAAUGUAAAAAUUGUUCUAAACUUUAUUCUUUAUCCUUACAAACUGGUUUUGAGGAUUGUUUUGAAUUUGGCCAUUUCUUGUGUUCUUGAAAAAGCUACGAAGCUUUCUCAAUCUUGAGAUCUCCAGAAUGUGUUUCCAGCAAAAGAAAAUCAUUUUACAAACUUUGCUAUUGGUUAUACAACUAUUCAAGUUCCAUGUUCCUUGCUCGGUCACCAUUCUCAUAACAGCUUCCUGAAAUUCAACCUUUUUUGCAUAAACAACAGUGCAAUGUCUCGGACUAGUUCAUUACUUGUCUUAACAACAUGGAUGUUUCAAGCCAAAAUUGAUCAUCAUGUUUGACUUGCAGCUUCUAUCUAUCAAACAACUGUUAAGUAUAAACAUUUGAGAUCAUUUAACCAAAAGAACACGUACAAUUAAG